AUGGGUAGGGUCAUUCGGGCACAGAGGCGCUCUCACGCUAUCUUCAAGGCGCACACCCACCACAACAAGUCGCCUGCGCAAUUCCGUGCCCUCGACUUCGCGGAGCGCAAUGGCUACGUCAAGGGUAUCGUGAAGGAGAUCAUCCACGACGCUGGCCGUGGUGCUCCUCUCGCUCGUGUCGUCUUCCGCGACCCUUACCGCUACAAGCUCCGCAAGGAGACCUUCAUCGCGACGGAGGGCCUCCACACCGGCGCGUUCGUCUACUGCGGCAAGAAGGCCACGCUCGCUGUCGGCAACGUCCUCCCUGUUUCGCAAUGCCCGGAGGGUACCAUUGUCAGCAACGUAGAGGAGAAGGCGGGCGACCGCGGUGCGCUUGCACGGACGUCCGGCAACUACGCGACUGUCAUUGGCCACUCGCCCGAUGAGAACAAGACCCGCAUCCGUCUGCCCAGUGGCUCGAAGAAGACCGUAUCCGGCAGCUGCAGAGCAACGAUCGGUAUCGUUGCGGGUGGUGGACGUAUCGACAAGCCCCUGCUUAAGGCUGGCCGUGCGUUCCACAAAUACAAGGCCAAGCGUUACAACUGGCCCCGCACUCGUGGUGUUGCCAUGAACCCGGUUGACCAUCCUCACGGUGGUGGUAACCACCAACACAUUGGUAAGGCCUCGACGAUUGCACGCUCGGCCGUCCCCGGUCAGAAAGUCGGUCUCAUUGCCGCUCGCCGGACUGGUCUGCUGCGCGGUACCGUCAAGGUCAAGGAGGUAUAA